CUUCUCGCACCUAAUUAUUCUGUUUGCCGUGCCACCUGAUUGCUGUUACACGUUGAUAACAACAGCUGGACUAACGACUUAAAGAACAAAUAUGGAAGCAUACUGGUAAUCACAAGCUGAGUAAACUAAUUAAUACCGUGCGGUGUGGCUCUGGGGUCUAACAAUCGAGUCGGGGGGCCGACUAUAAAGGGAGCCGCAUGCGUCGGCGCCUCCGUUCUCUUGCUCGCCACAAAGUUCAGGUCUUAGAAAUAGACUCGCGCAGGCUUCAAUUAAAUCUCGCCAAGUGCAGCUAACGCAACUCCAAUCACACACUGGAACAUGGCAAGAGAAGUUAAGGGAAGCUUCGGACCCUUGGUCGGUGCCAUCGACCAGGGCACCAGCAGCACACGGUUCAUGGUAUUUGCCGCGGGCACAAGUGAGCUCAUAACCUUCCACCAAAUCGCGUUCAAAUCAAAGCUGCCCCGCGAGGGUUGGGUGGAGCAGGACCCGAAGGAGCUGCUCUCGACUGUCAACGAAUGCAUCGCCAAGACUGUGGAGAACCUGAAGGGGCUGGAAAUUAGUGCUGCUGACAUCGUUGCAACUGGAUUGACAAACCAGCGCGAAACCACCGUUGUAUGGGACUCCAAAACCGGAGAGCCGCUGUAUAACACCAUCGUAUGGAAUGACGCUCGCACCACCGUCACCGUGGACCAGAUGAUUGCCAAAGCUCCAGGCAGCAGCGCUGACUACCUCAAACCUCUGUGCGGACUGCCAAUCAGUACUUAUUUCAGCGCAUUGAAACUGCGUUGGCUGCUAGACAAUGUUGCGUCGGUCAAGAAAGCUGUCGAAGAAAAACGCUGUCUUUUUGGCACUGUCGACUCUUGGCUCAUUUGGAACCUGACAGGAGGAACAGAUGGAGGAUUGCACAUCACCGAUGUCACCAACGCGUCCAGGACAAUGCUCAUGAACAUUCACACUCUUCAAUGGGAUGCCAGCAUUUGCAAGUUUUUCAACAUUCCCAUGGAUAUUCUUCCCGAGAUUCGCAGCUCCUCUGAAAUUUAUGGCUAUCUUCGAGAUGGACCGCUCAAGGGUCUUCCCAUUUCAGGAUGUCUUGGUGAUCAACAAGCGGCGUUAGUUGGCCAGCUGUGCUUCAAACAAGGCCAAGCCAAGAACACCUACGGCACUGGCUGCUUCCUGCUCUACAACACUGGAACCAACAUUGUCCAGUCGCAGCACGGAUUGCUGACAACUGUUGGCUACAAGUUUGGUCCAAAAUCACCUGCAGUUUACGCUCUGGAAGGCUCAGUGGCGGUUGCAGGUGCUAGCGCCACUUGGCUGCGUGACAACAUGGGCAUCCUUCAAGAUGUUGCUGAAACUGAGACGCUUGCGUCGUCAGUCGAAGACACGGCUGACGUCUACUUUGUUCCUGCUUUCUCAGGACUGUUCGCCCCGUAUUGGAGGAAAGACGCCAGAGGAGCUCUGUGCGGUCUCACUCAUUACACAAGAAAGGCUCACAUCGUCCGCGCAGCUCUUGAGUCGAUUUGCUUCCAAACCCGUGACAUUCUUGAGGCCAUGAACAAAGACAGUGGUAUUCCGCUGUCCCUUUUGCAAGUAGAUGGAGGCAUGACGUCCAACAACUUAAUGAUGCAGCUGCAGGCUGAUCUUGUCGGCAUCAAAGUCGGUGAGUUGAGGAACAACCUUCAUAGCUACGAACCAAAUUUUAAUUGGCAUUUGAUUUUAGUGCGACCUUCAAUGGCAGAGACAACUGCUCUUGGUGCCGCGAUGGCUGCUGGCAGCGCUGAAGGCAUUGGCGUGUGGGACCUCGCGAGAGAAACUCCAGAGACUGUUGGUAGCGACCACUUUCAUCCAUCUGUGUCAGAGGAUGAACGUGAUAUUCGCUAUGCCAAAUGGAAAAUGGCCAUCAAGAGAAGCCUUGGUUGGCACGAGGAACAGCCUAAAUCUAUGCCAGAUGAGCGCUACAGACUUCUUUCAUCAGUUCCAGGAGCAUUGUUCGUUUUUUCUAGUUUCAUUUCAUUGGUUGUUGCAAAGUAUCUGUCUAAACCCAGUUAGUUGUAAAAACUCCUAGCCGAUUGUUGCGCUUAAGCCUAUCAGUGACUGGGAUGGCUCAAAUAUUGAUCAAGACAAAACAAUUUUCAGUACUUACCAGGUAGAUAAGUUACCAAAUGUGGAGAUUUGCCAUAUUAGGCGUCCUUUUAAGUUGAAUUGUCACAUGAUCAAAAAUAGGCUUCUGAGCUUAAAAAGUGAGACCUAUUUUGUUAAUUUAUGUGGUUGCAUUUUUAAUGACCUUUUAUCAUUGUUCCUUUUCAACUAAUCAACGAAGUUGUGAAACCGUUAAAGAAUAAAAUGCCAUUUAUUCAAAAUGGUUACUAAGAAA